GUAUGAGCUGCGGGUCAUCGUGUGGAACACGGAUGAGGUGGUCCUGGAGGACGACGACUUCUUCACUGGGGAGAAGUCCAGUGAUAUUUUUGUGCGGGGAUGGCUGAAGGGCCAGCAGGAGGACAAGCAGGACACGGAUGUCCACUACCACUCCCUCACCGGCGAGGGCAACUUCAACUGGCGCUACCUGUUCCCCUUCGACUACCUGGCAGCUGAAGAAAAGAUCGUCAUCUCCAAGAAGGAGUCCAUGUUCUCCUGGGAUGAGACCGAGUACAAGAUCCCCGCACGACUCACUCUGCAGAUCUGGGAUGCCGACCACUUCUCCGCCGACGACUUCCUGGGGGCCAUCGAGCUGGACCUGAACCGGUUCCCACGGGGUGCGAAGACAGCCAAGCAGUGCACUAUGGAGAUGGCUACCGGGGAGGUGGACGUGCCCUUGGUUUCCAUCUUCAAGCAGAAGCGCGUCAAAGGCUGGUGGCCCCUCCUGGCCCGCAAUGAGAAUGAUGAGUUUGAGCUCACGGGCAAGGUGGAGGCUGAGUUGCAUUUACUGACAGCAGAGGAGGCAGAGAAGAAUCCAGUGGGCCUGGCCCGCAAUGAACCAGACCCCCUAGAGAAACCCAACCGGCCCGACACGGCCUUCGUGUGGUUCCUCAACCCUCUCAAGUCCAUCAAGUACCUCAUCUGCACGCGGUACAAGUGGCUCAUCAUCAAGGUCGUGCUGGCGCUGCUGGGGCUGCUCAUGCUGGCCCUCUUCCUCUACAGCCUGCCCGGCUACAUGGUCAAGAAGCUCCUCGGGGCCUGAGGGCCCACCACCUGCUGCCACCUCCCCCCUGGACUGCUGCAUUUGCCCUUCCUGUGGCUUGGACUCUUUUCCAUCUCUCCUGGGAAGCCUGAGGAGCCUGAGGUCCACCCUUGGAGCCUCGGGCCCCAGGAGCCUGCCUCCUGCUCACACCCCCAAACUGCCUGCCUAGUCCUGCCCCUCCGAUCCCUGCCUGUGGGUGGGGAGUGUGGGAAGGGGUGGGGGAGACCUGAAGCAGAUCCCCUCUUGCUCCCCUCUUCUUCAGGCCUUGGCUCCUGAUGAAGCUGCCCCAAACCUUCCCCCAGGCCUUCCAGGUCUAGGAUUAAAGCUUUAAUGAAAUUAACCAAGGAUCACAGCCCAGCGCCCAGGGCUUUAAAAAGAAUGAACGAGCAAAAGGCAUCAUCACCCUAUCCCCUGAAAACAGAAUCUUACGAGGAGAGCCGCCACCAGCAGGCUUUCCCACACAGUGGCCCAGAGCCCACCCACCCGUCCUGGCCACCGCUCAGCUCGGCUGCUCCUUCCCAGGCGGCCGCCUCCGCGCAGGUGCACAAGCCCAGUCCUGUCCUGCCUGUGGAUUUCUCUCACGUCUCAGAGCUCCCUCUGCCCAGGCUAGUGCUGGCGAGCCCAGCGAGGAGCAGUGAAAGUGAACCCCCGUACCCCUGCCCACC